CAAGAGUGUGCCAGGUGUGUAUACGCGCUGUUUCUUUUACUAUCCGGGCACCGUUAACGUGCUUUCUCAUGGGUUUAUAAAUUAUUUUGGGUUUAAAUUAUAUUGAAACUGUUAUAUAUAUUAUUAUCUAAUUCAUGAAAUUGUCAUUAAUAUAUUUAAUAGUGUCGUCAUAAUAACUUAAAUAUAUUAAACGUGUAAAAAUUAAAGUCCAAGGAACGAGGAUAGAAUGAGUGAGGAUAUAGUAGUGUGUUGUGUGUUGUAGAGGGAGAAUAGUGAGUAUUAGGCCACAAGAAUUCAAGAGAUACAAAUCGACCAAUUCUCAUCGUUUACUUACUCAACAUACAACUCAACCUGAAUUUAGACAACGGUCUGUGUCCAGUUGAUCAUUUUAUAAAUCUCUAAUAUCUUAUUAUUGUUGUUGUGAUCAUCAUAAACAUUGGAUGUGAAUAAUUGAAAUAGUUAUCAAGUUAACAUCGACAUGCCGUACCUCAGGAAGAAGCCGUUUCAACGGCUUCAUGUAUCAUCGGACUACAAGGAUGACGAUGAAGUCUUUCACUGUGAGGUUACGAAUGAAGUCUUCAAAGAUUACAAUGAAUACUGCGAAAGAAUUAUACUAUGCAAUUCGACAAUUUGGUCCUGUAGUAUCACAGGAAAAACUAAUAUGACAUACGAAGAGGCUCUUCAUUGUGAGGAAAAUGCUAAAAAGAGUCUCAAAGAAUUUCCUAUGGAGUUGAGAACUCCGAUCCUGUACCUGGCUUCUAAAACUCAUAGAACGUCGUUCAGUGAAAUGACAGACGAUGUUUAUCAAUAUGCUCGAGACCGUUAUUUUGUUGGUGAAAUGGUUGAAGCUAAUUUAGUAAAUGACAUAUGGUGUGACUGCCAUAUUUUGCAAGUUAUCGAACCAACAGAGGCACAACUAAAAGAGUAUGCUAAGGAAAGCCCUCAGGAGAGACAGUAUUAUCCACCAGCAAAAUUAUUUCGUUAUGAAGUUGAACAAAUGGACGGAGAUAUUAAUCAAAUAGCUAUUCUUGAGGCUUCACAAGUUAGACGUAAAAAACUUCUAUACAGCAAAGAACGUAAUAAAAUAUUUUUACGUAUGUUAUGCGAACAAAAUAGUAAAGGUCUUUGGAUUGUAAAAGAUUCAAUCCAACAAAAAUAUUCAAUUCCAAAGGUACGUUUUGAUACAAUAUUUUCAGGUCCACUGCCAGAUUUUAAUUUACCGAAAAAACCAAUUGUUAAACAAAAACAAGUUACGUUGGAUAAAUUUCUUACAUCUGAUGUUAGUAAGCACCGGGCAUUUGAGAAACCUGAUCCACUUAAUAAAAUAAAUUCUGGAGGAAGUAUUCAAGUGAAAAAACAUCGCAAACCUAGAGCCAAUGGGAAAUUUAGGAGUGAAGCUAGUGUUAAAGAGGAGAAGGAGAAACGCAAAGAACAACGAAAUGAAAUCCGAGAACGUAAGAGAGAGGAAAAACAAAAACUUGCUGUUUUUGCUGCUUACGUUAGGGAAUGGAAUAAACCUCGUGAGGAUCUAGAGUGUGAAGAUUUAAGACCCAUUUUAGAGGCAACACCCGUAGAUUGUGCGAUACCAAAUAAACACUUUGGUGAUUUUGCAAUGAUUCUUGAAUUUUUACAAUUUUUUUAUGACGAACUAGAAGUAAAUUCGUAUUUUCCGGGUGGUCUGACUAUUGAUACUUUGGAAAAAGCGUUGUUGGUUAAAGAAGUGUCUGGACCUUGGAGUGACUUAAUUCAAUUUCUUCUGGCGAAUAUUUUUAAAUAUCAAGCUCAAGAAGAAGAUGAAAUUCAUGAAUCUAAUUCAAAAAAUGACACCAUUAAUUUUGAUCAUGGUGUUUCGUCGAUGGCAGAGGCUGUUAAAUUAGCUACAAGAGCAUCAACUUGGUGUCAAACACAUCACGGAUGUCAACUAUCAGAACUUACCCUGGAUCAUGUCACCCUAAGUGAAAUCUUACGACAGCAUCUAUUGAGCUCUGGUGGUAGAAUCGGUGAAGCAGCAUCUAAGUGGAGAUAUUCUGAACGUGGUGGCUACACUAAUUACGAUGAUCCAGCUCUUCUAUUGAGGAUAAAUCAGCCACGACUUCUUCGACUUCUUGGACAUCGCAGCGUGUGCGAGUUUGAUCUCGAAGAUCGACUUUGCGUGGCUACUUGUCUUAUUAAUCAAUUAUUGACUUUUGCUGCUAUUCGUGAUAUUAUUGAUGAACGUUACGAAAAGGUUCAUCAAGCACGUCGUGAACUCAAGUCUCUCAUAGUAGCUGAACAAAAGAAGGAAAAAGAAGAAAAGGAGCGAAUAAAAGAACGUGAAAAAGAUAAUAAAGUAGAAGGGGAUAAAACAUUAGACGAUAAAACCGAUGAUAAACCGAAAAAAACUCGUGGAAGUCGUGAAGAAGAAAAGCUUCGGGAAAAAUAUGAACAACAGUUAUCAAAAUUAAAACUAGCUUCUAAAGAUGAUCAGAUGAUGCUUUACUUGGGUUCUGAUCGUGCUCAUCGUAGAUACUGGCGUUUACUCUCAAUUCCUGGUUUAUUCGUCGAAAAUGACGAUAGAACACCAGGUUCGUGCCUUACUGACGGUACGCCUUAUCUGCCUGAAUUACAAGAUAAAGAUUCAGCCAAUAAAUACCUCAAAAAUAAAUUUGAAGAUGAAGUUAGUGAUAAAGAAAAUAAUAUUAAUGAGGCAAAGACGUCACAAGUUUCUAAAAAAACAGUGACCUUCGCCGAUACUAAUGGCAUUAAUAAUAAAUUGUCUACGAGAGAAUUAAAUGAUAUGAGAAAAAAAUUAAUGGCUUGUACAGGCGACAAAGAGUGUCCCGUCCAUUGUAAGAGGCCGGAAACAAAAUGGAAGUUCUACGGUUCCUCCGAGGAUAUCGAACAAGUUAUGAAUAACUUAAGUAUACGUGGGUUACGCGAAGGUGAACUCCGGCAUAAUAUUAGUCAAGAACUAGAAAGUCUCAAGACUGCAAUAAGCAAUUGCCCGAAGCACAAACUCAAUCCAAAAUUAUUUCCACAAACGUCUCAAGAAGUAUCAAACAGUAAGACAUCAAAAAAACCUAAGAAUGAAAAUACAAAUCUUAAUUACCCUCCAGAUGUUCCAAUCGAUGAAGUUAUGGAGCUUUCAUUGCGAGACUUCAUUCUCGAAGUAGAAGAUAAAAUAAAAGUAGGUUGUCUUGGUGCACUUAAAGUAAAAGAUCGUGACGCUUGGAGAAAUGUAAUUACUAAUUGUCAGUACGAAAAACAAUGCGAUAAACUUGUUUACGGUCAGCACGAAAUAGAAGCAGAUGUUCCGAUAAACUCAACGUUAGAUAAAAUAAAGAGUGAAACACGGCAAGGUAGUCGGCCAGGAACACCAGAUUCUGAAGUUGGUAGUGGAAUCGGAAAAGCUUAUCAAGAUCCGGGUAAAUAUUUGGGUCCUCCUGAUGAAAAUGAACUUGUAGUUGACUCGAAACAACAAAUGCGAAUCCGGCAGAUGGCUUGUGCAAUUUUGCAAUUGUCACAAGCUGUAGAACAUAAAUAUUUAAAAAAGCCAUUGGGACAUGAUGAUAAGGAUAAGAAACAUUUAGGUGAAGAAGGCAAAGAACGAUGGGAACAUUCUCUUAUGAUGUCUACGAGCUGGUCUCAAUUAUUUAUUCAUAUAAAUACUUUGGAGAGCAGUAUUGCGUGGAGUAGAAGUGCACUCAAUGCUCGGUGUCGUAUCUGCAGAAAAUGCCGCGACGCUGAAAAUAUGCUACUCUGCGAUGGAUGCAAUAAAGGCCAUCAUUUGUACUGUCUCAAACCUAAACUUACUUGCGUACCCGAGGGUGAUUGGUUCUGUGUAACGUGUAAGCCGCCUGAUACAAAAUCAAAACCAAAAAAUAAAAAAAGGAGAAAGUUUGACGAGGAAGAUGAAGAAGAGGCCCUGACCAAAGAUACACGUCAUGCUCGUUCACGACGAGUUUUGUCUAGUGAAGAUGAGGCUGAAGAUGAAGCUGCUCCAGGUGAAGAGACUGUAGAAGAAAAACCUAAAUUCCGUGAACUUUGUGCGAUUUGUAAUAAUUCUGGGAGUGUGAUCGCUUGCGACACAUGCGUUAAAUUAUAUCACAUUGGUUGCCUUGAUCCACCACUUUCGAGGGCACCUCGUGGAAGAUGGUCUUGCUACGAAUGUCGAAAUAUACGGAAAAAUGCAACUAGACGUGCGCGAGGUCGCGAGAGGGAGAGAGACAGAGAGCGAUCGUGUGCGGCAGCUGCACGUUUCCGCAUCCACAGUUUUGCCAAGAGCCUUCUUCGUACAGAAACUUACAACUGGGAUGAUAGUAGUGCAUCAGAGGAAACAGAUGUGCUACCUCGUCAAACAAGACGUGCAGCCAAGCGAGCUGCUGCUGAUCAAGAUAAAACAUUGCACGAGCUUUUGAAAGAAGUAAUGCAUCACAAAGAAUCCUGGCCAUUUUUAUCACCUGUCACUGCUAAUGAAGUGCCUGAUUAUCAUGAAUUUAUAAAACAUCCGAUGGACUUUGGAACCGUAAAGAAAAAAUUAGAAGCUGGUCUUUAUGAAAAUAAUUCACAUUUAUUUUUUUCUGACUGUCUUCUUAUUUUUGAGAAUUGUCAAACUUAUAAUCAACAAAAUAGCGCUGUUUACAAUUAUGUUUACAGAGCUGGUAUGAGGCUAGCCAAGUUUUUUGAGAAGAGAAGCAAGGAAAUGGGCUUUAAUUACGAUGAUGAGACUUCUAAAUUACCUCCGGUCAAGAGACUAAAACUAGAAAACGGAGAUGCUGAUCAUAUUAACGAAACUUCAAAGUUGACUUCUCUUGCAGACAAUGGCACAGAGGAGACUAAAGUUAAUGGGGAUAAUUAAGAUAAAGACUGCACUUUAUUUAUUUGUUUGUUUUGGGACAGAAAAACAAUUAAAAGAAAAAAUACAAUGUAAUAUUUUUAAAUUUAAAUGGUAUAAAAAGAAAUAUUAAUUGUAAUGAUAAUUAUAAUAGAAUGUACCUUAUUUUUGUCAUGAGAUAAAUCGGUGUGACUACAAUUUUCGCUAAAUAAUUUUGUUUCCAUACUACAUAGGUCAGUAUAAUAAAUUCAUCCAAUUGAAAAAUUACUAUGCGAGAUCAUCAAUCAAAAACAAACUAAUACUCAUCACGAGAGUUUAUUCUCUCAAUAAUUUUGUACACAGUAUUAUAACAUUUCAAGAGCAUAAUAUUGUUUAAUUGAUUUAAACACCGUAAUCUCAGUAAUAAAAAAUAAAAAUGGAUGAAAAAGACAAAAUAAUUAAAAACUAGUACAAUAUUAUUCACAAUUGAGUAAGCAAAAUAUAAUUAAUAAUUUUUAAUUAAUUGUUAAUUUUUAAUGUACGAAGGAGAUAUUUUUUACUCAAUUAUUUAUUACGUUUAGUUAUUAUAUAAAUACUAUUCUUAGAUUAGUUUUAUUUUUCGAGAGACCUAUGACAUAGUAAAUAGAUAAAUGUAUUUGUUUAGAAUCGUAAUUAUUUUCAGCUGUUGAUUUUUAUACAACAGCAAUAAUAAUAAUAAUAAUAAUAUCUAUCCAACGUUAACUUAUUAAUUAAUUAAUACUCGUUUAUAAUUAAUCGGUGAAAAGGUGGUCUCAUCGUUAAUACUUAUAGGAUUUUUAUUCGUUCCAGCAAUUAAUUAAACAAGAUUAUUUAGUUCCGAAGGAACUUGGUUAAAUUUAGGCUGGACCUGCAAGAGUUUUAAGGUACAAAAAAACUAAAUAAAAAUAGAUCGAUCAUAGAGGAUUUGACGGCACAACAGAACCAAUUCUUUGUAAUAAUCUCUGUUUUAUACAAUUAAUUUGGUAAUAAAUGCCUCAAAAGCGCAA